CACUAUUAAUGGAGGAAAAUAUAUGAAACUGAACUGAAGUUUCUUUCCCCAACCCAUUAAAAGCCCUUGAUAGCUGACGAAAUCUAAGAAAAGAACAGGAAAUGGAAUGAGGACAAUUUAAACAGAACCAUGUAUGAUAAUGUUUCUGCAGAAGAUUGGUAGAGUUACUGUCAGACUGGUACAGUUUGGUUGUGCUGUACAUUGUAUAGACAGAUAUGUGGGUUCUUUUGUGAUGUGUUGUGGAGAUUCCAUGGUACCUACCUUAUUUAACAAUGAUAUUGUACUAGCAGAAAAUAUAUCUGUGGCUUACAAAAAACUACAAAAGGGUGAUAUUGUGAUAGCCAGAUCACCAGCUGAUCCUUACCAGUUUAUUUGUAAACGAUUGGUUGCCAUGGAAGGUGACAGUGUUAUUGAUGACAAUUCAGAAAGACAAUAUGUUCCAAAAGGCCAUGUGUGGUUAGAGGGAGAUAAUCAUGGGAAUUCCAAUGAUUCCCGCCAUUAUGGACCAGUGCCUGCUGGACUUCUUAAUCGACGUGUGUUCUUUAGAGUAUGGCCAUUUUCUUACAUGGGAUAUUUGAAACACCCAGCGGAGAGAUGACACGUAUUGUAGUUAACUUCUCAGGGACGGUAUGAACCAUACUGAUGUGUUGAACAAUGAUGACUGGCAAUGAAUGUUUUGUCUUUUAUAAAACAGACUUUUAGAGAUUUUAUAGAUCUAUUUUUUACAUAGGUUUUUGAAAUAAUGAUUAAAAUUUUAUAUGAUGCUAUUUUUUUGCUUACUAUCAAACUCAAGAUCACUGUGUAUCAUCAGUACACCGGAUAUAGGUACUAACCAAGCGGGCAUGAUCGAUUUUGACCUUACACAGUAAUGAAAAUCUUUGUUUUGCUUUAUCAAUAUUCAAUGUAAAUUUCUCAACAUUUGAAAUGCCUGCUCCCAAAUAGUUUUCACAUCGAUUUUUUCCUAUUCAUAAAACAACUUUGAUAUUCGAAUAAGAACAAUUAACUUGUACAUGCGCAAAUAGUUGUGAAUGUCAACACCAACUUUCAAUUUCAAUACAGUUGUUGAGACAUUUACAUGUUUUAUCUGAAAGAAACCUAAUACAGGGCAAAAGUAAUAGUUACCAAUCAUAAAUCUACCUGUGAUUACUUAUUCAUUAAAAUUUUUUGGGUGAUAAAUGAGUAUGAAAAUAAAGUUGUUGUGUACGGUGUACAACAACUUUACUAUGCACCGUACAUAGGGAUUUAUGUGGUCAGCUAAACACCGUACACAAUGCUUCUUUAGGGACAAAAUGUCGAAAAAUAACAUAGGUAUAAAUGAUUUCAAUGCUUAUUAUUGAAACAGCUAUACUUAUUACACACACACACAUUGAUCUUCUAUCAGAAAAAGAGUUGCAAUGAAUAUAGAAUUAUAUCGGAUGAGACGAGGGCCAACUUCUUUGGCAGGUAUUUGCACAUGCUUGUCGAUGUUUUAGUAGUCCCUCUUGUUUUAGGAAAUUAAUAAGACAUCUCUUAUCAUCAACCCACGACCAAAUCAUUUCUUAAAACAGCAAUUAUGUUUAGAUUGAGUACACAUUGAUAUUAUGUGAACAAUCAAAGAUUUUUGUUACUGUGUAAGAUCAAAAUUGCUCACGUCUGCUUGGUUAGUACCUAUAUCCGCUGUACAAUGAUACACGGUGAAGAUAUCUCUAGAUAUAUUUCCUAAUAUUAUUAAUUCGUAUAUUUUACCAAAUUUGAUUUGUUUAGAGAUAGUCACAUGUUAAACUAUAUUUUCGAAGGUAGAGAGAAAACCGCGGAUAGCAAAAAGCAUAUUGACCGGCAAAAAGCAUAUCACACGGUUAUUUAUAGAAUAUUUAAAAACCAAUAUACUUUGUGACGUCAUGUAAUGAAUUUCAAGAUAUUGUUUAACGUUUUAUAACACAUGAUUUUUGUCAUCGAUUAUUUGACAAAAAAAUCUUUAAAUACAUAAGAUGUAAAAAAAAAAAAAAAAAAAAGUAAAUGAAAUAACAACUAAUAU